UUAUCAGGGAGGAAAGGAAGUGCUGUUAUUGCAACAUCGCUGCCACGUCUGUAGGAUCCUCCGCAGCAGCAGCAGCAGCCGGAGCGGCGGGUCUGAGCACCGGGAUGGGCCGGUGCUGGGCGAUGGGGGGAUGAGAGGGAGGGGUGGGAGUGACUGAAGGAACACAGAGGAGAGGAAGGAAAGAGGAAACACGUAAAGCCACAACACAACACUCCCCUGACUGAAGAAAGCUUGUGCGCAGCUCCGGCUUGAAGGAGCGACUGCUGCCUUCUGGAGGAUCCAGCUCUAUUGUUCGCUCAGAGGGGCUUGUUUCCGCGGUUCUACCGGGGGGUGGGUCCCCAUGCUAAGCUCAGGGAGAAUGGAGGAAUUCGUGACUGAAGAAGAAGAGCCAUGGUACGACCAGCAGGACCUGGAACAGGACCUCCACUUGGCAGCAGAGCUGGGAAAGACUCUGCUGGAGAGGAACAAGGAGCUGGAGGACUCCCUGCAGCAGAUGUACAUCACUAAUGAAGAGCAAGUGCAAGAGAUUGAGUACUUGUCGAAGCAGCUGGAGGUACUACGGGACAUGAACGAGCAGCAUGCUAAAGUGUACGAGCAGCUGGACGGGACCGCCAGAGAGCUGGAACGCACCAAUCACACACUGGUUAUGGACAGCAAGGCCUCACAGCAAAAGAUAGAGAGGUUGACGGCAACCAUCGAGGCUUUGCAAAACCAGGUGGGGUCUCUCUCGGGGCAGGUGGAGCAGCUACGUUCCAUGGAACAGCUCCGAGUCAGGAGGGAGAAGAGGGAACGACGCAAGACCAUCCACUCUUUUCCUUGCCUUAGAGAACUUUGCACAGCACCCAGGUAUGAGGAUGAGUUUGUAGUGGGCAGGGCUGAGAGUUUUUCCAUGGAUGUGAAGCCUCAGCCGUUUGAAGAAGAGAACCAGCAUCUGAGGGAGGCGGUUUCGGCUCUACGAGCAGCUGUCCGGACUGAGAGGGCACGUAGAGAGGGUGUGGAGAAGGAGUGCAACCUCCUAAUCGCAGAGUUCUCCCGCCUGCAGACACGAGUCCAGGAUGCUGAGAGCUGCCAGGGGAGGGUGCGGGAGUUGGAGGUGGAGCUACAGGAGCUCCAGCAAUUACGUCGGGCUCGGACCUUCCUGCUCAGCAGCGAAGAUGACGGCGUGACUCUUACCCAGACUGUCCUCAAUAGCACCCCAGAGACUGACACCUUCCUGGAGGUGGAGGUCGGGGAGAAUGGAGGAGGUGUGAGGGAGGAGAACGAAGGCGGAAGAGGUGUUGGAGGGGAAGCUCUCCCCGAGUCCAGCCCUGUGAGGAAAAGCUGCAGCGACACAGCGCUCAAUGCCAUUGUGGCCCGUGAUGCGUCAGGCCGUAGAAGAGGCAGCUAUGCCCUCCACGCUAACAGCGUGAGGAAGAGAGGGAUGUCCAUCCUCAGGGAGGUGGAUGAGCAGUACCACGCCUUACUGGAGAAAUAUGAGGAGUUGUUAGGGAAGUGUAGGCGCCACGAGGAGAGCCUGUGUCAUGCUGGUGUCCAGACUUCCAGACCAGUAUCCCGAGACCCGUCCAUGAAAGACUGUGCUAUGGGACCCACCCCGGCGCCUCCACCUACGCCCACCCAGUCACCCUCCACCCCCGAGGCCAUUGAGAGCAUCAGCAAGCAGGUGGAGGCAGUGGACAAGAGGCUAGGACAGAACACUCCAGAGUACAAGGCCCUUUUUAAAGAGAUCUUCUCUCGUAUCCAGAAGACCAAGAUGGACAUCAAAGCUACCAAAGCUGCUAAGGCGAGCAAGUCUGGCAAAUCUGGCAAAUCUAGUAAACAGUAAUGAGACCCCGACUGAUUAUCUGCUAUAUCAGAGAUAGGUGCUUGAGUUUGUGAACAGCGGCAUAAGGAUUCUUCUGGAGGGUGCUAUUUCAAAAUAAUGCUAAAUUCAAGUACAUUUCAUUUCAGUCAAGGUCAACUCAGAGCGCAAAGUUUUCAUCCAGUACUGAAACCUCCCAGCAUACACAAGGGUCUGUUUUGCAUGGGAUCUAACAUAAAACUUAAAGAUUUGAUUCGUAUGUAUGAAACAUGGUACGUUAAGAAUUAGUUGAAGUUCACCCCCAUCAUAUUCUUGUAUUCAGUGUUCCUGUGUACAACCAAUAUACUGGCUUCACUGCCUUACUGCUUUAGGCUUAUACCACAAUAACACAAAGAUAGCAAUAUGCCUUUCAUGAGCCUCACAGAUGCACUAAAUGUUAAAGCUGCACAAAAACACUACUAAACUGCAUCACUAAUGAAAACAAGAGUGGAAAUCUAAGUCUAAUAUUAACAUGAACUGUAUCUGUUAGGUUUAUUACAAUAGACUCUACUAACAUUUGUAUAUUUACAGUAAGAAAGACUAAAACUAAUCCUCUCAGGCCACUGUGCUUUCUGGCUCUAGCAUGAACUUGAGGUGCUAAUAAUUCCCUUCUCAUUAUGUAUAUCAUACACAAAUUACCACUGUUGAAAAUUUAAAUAAGCCUUUCGCCUGAGUGACAUUUCUACUCUUUCUCUUUCUCUGUAUGUGACCUUAUUAUUACUUCUUUCAAAGUUUGAGGUGCCUCUUUUUCUUAUCUAGAGAUUUCUUGGAACAGUGUAUGAAAAAGACUAAAACUCAGUAAAUAUGAAGCUGUAGCCGGCAGCCAGUUAGCCUAGCUUAGCAUAAAGGCUGGAAAUGGGGAAACAGUUAGCCUGACACUGCUGACAACACCAAGUUGUAGUAUUUCUUGUCCAGGAAAAGGGAUCACAAGCUGUUGUUUUAAUGCAUUCUUUGUGGAUGGUUAGUUAAACAAAAUACAACUUUCUAGUUAGCAGACUUUAGAGGCAGAUUUUUUUAAUUUAUUUGUCAGCUUUGGACAGAACCUGUUUCCCCUGUUUUCACAUGUUGCCAAGCAAGCUAACUGGCUGUUGGUUGCAGCUAUUAAUUUAGCGUACAGGCAACAGUGUGGCAUCGAUAUGCUCAUCUAACUGCUGACAGGAUAACAAAUAGCAAACAGUAUUUCCCAAAAUAUUGAGGUGCUCGGAUGCUUUUGGAGUUCAAGGAAAAAAGGGAUGUUAAUGAUUAAACUUAAAGAAAGGAACCCAGGCUGAGAAGUUAAUGUACAUUUUUAAAAUAAAUAUCUUCUCCCUCCACUGUGUUAAAGUUAAAAUAUGUCUUCAACUGGACUACAUCAGCCCAUUGGGGCAAAAAUAAAACUGCUCAGUGAGAUACAGGAAGCAUCUUAGUAGUGUGUGAUAUCUACAAUAUAGGCUAUAAUUUAGAUAGUUGUGCCUGUCGUAAUUUGAAUGUGUAGGAGUGAUGAUCCCACUGGCUGCUGUCUUGCCAAAGACAAUCUCUGCAGUUUGUUAUUUUCACUAUUUCCUGGGCAUUAUGGUCACUCAUCAUACAGAAUAUUAAUAUCAUGAAGGCUGUGAAGUUGAAAUGUCUGGUAAUGGUUUUGCACCAUAUACAGUGCAAGUAUUUUGUUUGGGAAACAUCUAACAGACCGAACAGCGACAAAUAGCAAAAGAACUUAUAUAGACAUAACUCUUGAUUGUCACAGGGAUUGUAAAAGGCCUUUGAAUGAAGACAACAUGGACAUUAUAAACACAGAAAGAAAAUGAUCCUGUGGGGAAAACUGAUAUUACAAUGGUGAAAAAAAUAUUCUUGGGAGCUUUAUACAUGUGUUGAGGCAAUUUUCCUUUAAUUAUAGCUAGACAGCCACAUUGUACACCUGUAACCAGUAUAAGGCUUCAAACCAGGGCUUUGUCUAACACCUAGCAGUCUUACUAAACUCUAAAACUAACCUGCAAACAUAUUGCACCUUUUUCACCAUAAACAAAAUGCCUAUGCCUUUUUUUCUGGGUAACCUCUUAUGUAUAAACCUUUGUUAUAAUGAAUGUUAUUACAGCUAAUUUUAUAUCUGAUUCUUCAGCAAAGUUGAAGACAUAGCCAAGCUUGAAACCUUUCACAGGCUGACACCUGAAGGACCCUGCACUCGUGUUUGAGGCUAAUGUGUGGAAAUAGAAAGCAGAAUGAAUAUUUGACUUCAGCCUGGUACUGAAAUCUGAGAGGAAUCCUGUUACCUUCCAAUGAAGUAAAGUUUACUUUACUGUUGCAGCAAGCUUUUGGACAACUGUGGUGUAUGAAUCAUCUGAAUGAUUCAAGUUUGUGGAGGUAGUAAUAUGUGUUAGCAUGGAUUAAACAAUGCCAAACCAGAGCCUCUUAUCAUAUUAAAAGGCUCAUGAGGUUUCUGUACUGUAAUGUUUUACCUUUUGCACUUGAAAAUGUCUGACGCCUCAUCUUUUGCAUAUUUAGGAUAGCUGAUAUAAAUUGUAUCUGUGUAUUUAUUUGUGUGUGAACAUUUCUUACAUUUUAUUUUACAUUUUCAGUGCCUAUAUGUGAAUGUUACUAACAUAUUGUCAGAACAGACCUAUUUAAUUUGCUUUACUUGUAUUAUUCAGUUUACAUGUGUGCAGUAUUAGUUAAAAUGAUAUUGCCAUUAAUGUUUAGUCUGCUCUGGUAUUAGUUCAUAUCAUUACUGAACUGAGACCUAUUUUAAUCUGUUAUAAUAAAGCAAUGAUACAAUAAAUCCUGCGUUGUUGUAUUUACUAUA